CCGGGCCGGGCCGGGCCGGGCCCCCCCCCCACCCGGCCCCGGGCUGCCGCUCGCACCCCACCAACGGGGCCUCUUUUCGGGCUGGAGGAGAAGGACAAGGACCGGCAGGACCAACACCACCGUCACCACCACCACCAGCAGCAGCAGGAAGAGGAGGGGAAUUUCGUUGGGGCUCCAAUUCCCGGCUGCCAGGAGCAGUAUCUUGUGACUGGCAGUACCAAAUAAGUUGAGCAUCUUCACAUCAAUGCACUGCCAAUGACCAGGGUACCACCCAAACAGCGGGAGAGCGCAAUAAAAAAGAUGCAUAGCACGGACCAACAGUUAGCCUCAGAGGCAAUCGAUGCUCCUGAAGAAAUCCAUUUCUUCCCCCUAAUGAGGACUGAAGGUGAAGCACUUCAAAGAAGGUGGCGUAAAAACAAGGGUUGCACUGCCACCACAUCAGAGAUUUGUGGGACUUGGAGAGAGUAGCUCUGGGUUCUAUCCUGUGUUGUGACCUCAUGAUUUAAGUAAGAAUAAAGAUGAGUAUAAGCAGUGAUGAGGUCAACUUCUUGGUAUAUAGAUACUUGCAAGAGUCAGGGUUUUCUCAUUCAGCAUUUACCUUUGGUAUAGAAAGCCAUAUCAGCCAGUCUAAUAUAAACGGUGCCCUGGUUCCACCUGCUGCUUUGAUUUCCAUCAUCCAGAAAGGUCUGCAGUAUGUAGAGGCGGAAGUCAGUAUUAAUGAGGAUGGUACCUUGUUUGAUGGGAGGCCAAUAGAGUCUCUGUCGCUGAUCGAUGCAGUGAUGCCUGAUGUGGUACAAACAAGACAACAAGCCUAUAGAGAUAAACUCGCGCAACAACAAGCGGCAGCGGCGGCAGCUGCUGCAGCGGCAGCAAACCAACAAGGAUCUGCAAAAAAUGGAGAAAAUACGGCAAAUGGAGAAGAGAAUGGAGCACACACUAUAGCAAUUUCCCAUGAUUCAGAUAACCAUUCAGAUAUGAUGGAAGUGGACGGAGACGUAGAAAUACCUCCUAACAAAGCGGUUGUGUUGCGUGGCCAUGAAUCUGAAGUAUUCAUCUGUGCCUGGAACCCAGUCAGUGACCUUCUGGCAUCAGGAUCCGGAGAUUCCACAGCACGGAUAUGGAAUCUCAGUGAAAACAGCACCAGUGGUUCCACGCAGUUAGUACUCCGACACUGUAUACGAGAAGGAGGACAAGAUGUUCCAAGCAACAAAGAUGUGACGUCCCUCGAUUGGAAUAGUGAAGGGACACUUCUAGCAACGGGGUCAUAUGAUGGAUUUGCCAGGAUAUGGACUAAAGAUGGCAAUCUUGCUAGCACAUUGGGGCAACACAAAGGCCCUAUCUUUGCAUUAAAAUGGAACAAAAAAGGAAAUUUCAUCCUGAGUGCAGGAGUGGACAAGACCACAAUUAUUUGGGAUGCACAUACUGGUGAAGCGAAACAGCAAUUUCCUUUUCAUUCUGCACCAGCAUUGGAUGUUGACUGGCAGAGCAACAACACCUUUGCUUCCUGCAGUACAGAUAUGUGUAUUCAUGUCUGUAAAUUAGGCCAAGACAGGCCUAUUAAAACAUUCCAGGGACACACAAAUGAAGUUAAUGCUAUCAAAUGGGAUCCAACUGGUAAUCUUCUGGCAUCCUGUUCUGAUGACAUGACUUUAAAGAUAUGGAGUAUGAAACAGGACAGUUGUGUCCAUGAUUUGCAAGCACAUAAUAAAGAAAUUUAUACCAUCAAAUGGAGUCCAACAGGUCCAGGAACGAACAAUCCAAAUGCCAACCUAAUGUUAGCAAGUGCAUCCUUUGAUUCUACAGUUCGGUUAUGGGAUGUAGACCGAGGAAUUUGCAUCCACACUUUGACAAAACAUCAAGAGCCUGUGUACAGUGUAGCCUUCAGUCCUGAUGGCAGGUACUUGGCCAGUGGUUCUUUUGACAAAUGUGUGCACAUCUGGAAUACACAGACGGGUGCUCUAGUUCACAGUUAUAGGGGAACAGGAGGAAUUUUUGAGGUUUGCUGGAAUGCAGCAGGAGACAAAGUUGGAGCAAGUGCAUCAGAUGGUUCAGUUUGUGUAUUAGAUCUACGGAAAUAGCGCUACUAGUUGGAAGCCAUGGACCGACUAUGAAUGUGUACAUAGCCAAAAUGACUGUCCCUGACCCGUGUACUGCUAUAGUCCCACUUGAACCAUGGCCAGUCCACUACAGCCAAACCUAAAAGAAAUAUAUACAUUCACUGUAUAUAACAAAAACAAAAUUCCACCCUGAAGAAGAUGACAGAAUUUUCUCACAGCUUGUGAAUCCUGUUCACCAAGUGCUGGAAUUUGCUGUGCCCCCAAAUAGCAUUUAGAAGUUUUGGAAUGAAAAACAGAAGAGAAAAGGAAAUCUACCAUUAAAAAGCAGACCAUACAUGUACCAAAUUUGGAUACAUAAUGACGGCCUUUUUUCCCCCCGUGAAUCAAUAGUCACAAUGGAUCAUAUUUUUUUUUCCUUCCCUCAAUAGUUAAGCAGUUUGCGUGUACAGAAAAAAAAAUGGACUUACAUAAACUUGCAGCAGUACUUUGUUCCUUGCUUUUAAAACAUUGUUUUUGGUUUAGUUUACGGAUGCAUGAAGUAAGGGAGUGAAUCAGUUUCUUGUUUAUAUUUUUUCACCUUUAGACAUAAAAACAUUUCUUUAAAAAUAUUUUAAUGCAUUAUUUUGAAGAGGUAGAGUGAUGUUUGGUACAUUCUGUGGCUCCCUGAGCACAAUUUCAAGGGGUGCGUGUUGGGGGGGGAGGGGUGAUUUGGAAAUUAAAUCAGAAACAUGAUGUCAUGUUAAAUCUAUGAAAUACAUCAGUAAAGGUUAUAAUGCUAUGGUUUUUCUGGUGACGUGGCUGAAAUGCAGUAGUUUCUUAUUUGGGACAUACUUCUGCCAAACUUAAGACUAGAAGGGCACAAAAGUAAAGGAAUUUCAGGAGAUGCGUAAAAAAAGCAUCUCCUGUUGCUUUGAAACCAUAGCGAAAUUAUGGUUAAAUUGUGCACUAUUGUGAAAAGGAGCAAAAUAUAGUUUUUCUGUUUGUUUGUUUUUUAAAGAGAUAAAAAUCUUUCUGGACAAAGGUUCAGCUUCUACCAGGGGUGCCCAUCAUUAUUAGUAGGAGCUCAGAUGUAUAAUGUAACCAAAUUCCAGUAUUAAAGAUCUCAUAUAAUUUUUCUUUUUCUUUAUACAAAUUAAAAAUACCUUUGGCAUAUAUUUGAUAACACUGCCAUUAGGUGGCAAAAUGUGUACUACCUUAGUUUUAAAAGAAAUGUUUGAAACAAAAGACUUGCUUCAAGGUGUGUUGUUUUUGGAUUUUAUUUCAAAAUAGCAGUAUUUCAGCUUAUUAAAAAAAAAAUACUUGCACUAAUGUCCCUGCUGCUCUAAUCCUGCAGUUUGUUGUAUCUCGUGACUACAUUUUUUUCACAUAUAGGAUAGAUGUAAGCUGCUAUUUUUUUAUUAAUCACUACUAUAUUGUGUCUUUUACUCUGUUUACAAUAUCAAGUAUUUUUCUUAAGAAAUAUAAGUGGGAAAACUUUUUUCUCCUCAUGUGACUAAAGUAUCCUGAAAUUUCUUUGUAAAUGAUAGCAUGAGGUCAUGUUUAUGAUAGGUGUAGGGUUGCUUCAUGUUUCACAUAAGAUUCCAGAUGUGUACAUUUCCAAAAGGAUAAUUGUCAAAUUUUUGUCGCAAAUGUUUUAAAUAAGGAUCAGCUUAUAUUAUAGAGCUUUACAGAGUUAUCAAUUUCAUAACACUAUUUCCAUCACUAAUUUUGUGGCUAUUAACAACUGCUAAAAAUCUCAUCUACUUUAUUGUUACUCAUUCAAGUAUAGAUUGAUUUAACCCAGAUAACGCAGCUUUUGACGUUCGGCAUUGAUUUCUGCUAUGUUCACAAAAUGACGUGACUUGAAGCAAGUCUUGUUUGGCUAAGGUAAGGAGAGCUUUUGCCAGUGGGAAACAGAAUACACCGUAGUUCCACAAUACAUUGUUCUGUAUACCCCAGCUGUUCUUUAGGGGGAAUAUGAUACGAGAGAUCACAGCAUUUUUUUAUUCUCAUCCAGAAAGGCAGUCAUUCAUGAUGGUUCUGUGCCAGCUAUUUUUAGGGUUUUGGAACACAUUUCAGAUGUUUAGAACAAUUACCCUGUGAGUUAUGUAGGAAACCUAAUACGCUGAGUAUCUGGCACUUGAAAAUCCUGCUUUUAUUAUUGCUGGAGGUCCAUGUCUGUGGCUGACCUCUGUUGUUAAAAAAAUAAAAAUAAAAAAAUCUGUGCAAUAAUUUUAAAACGUGCUCCCAGGAAUAGACACAAAUGUUUUGAAUACGUUUAAGCUGCAUUUUCCUUUAGUGAUGCAUUUGUCAAUUGCACUGAAUUUAAAUCUGAAAGUCAGAGGUGAUUAUUGAUAGUACUUUUGUAUUUUGAUAUGGACAAUUUAUUCAUUUGCAUAUAGUUAUGACUGGUUUUUUCAGCUGAUUAAAAAGAUAGUCAAGGUAUUCUGCAAUAUAGCUGUCAAAAUAGGCAGCUACAUUUUCACGGUAUUGUCAUUUUUCCAUUUUGCUCUUCGGCUGAUUUUUCUCGAGCAUAAUUGUAGGUGCGUUUCCAUACACCACGACAAAGACACAUGAUUAUCAACGCAGAGCUUUGUUACCCUGAGGUCCCAUGUCUCGCGGUGAACAUUUAAGACGUCUGUUUGGUAGGCUGGAUUAUUUCCGGACAUUUGAUUUACUUAUUUAUUUUUGCUGCUGUUCUCAAUUACAUCGUUGCCUGCUGAUUGCCACAAUGCUGCUCCACAAAGCUGUACAGAUCGCCUCUUCUCUUCAGUGGGAAAUAUGCUUGCGAGAGGCAGUGUCCUCAGCUUGAAAUGUACUGCGUACGAGGGUCUUGCUUUUUCUCUUUUUUCCUCCCACGGCUUGUAGUUAAAGAUGCACGGAGGCUGGUUGCUCUCCCACAUGCCCUUAAAUAUCACUUUAAUAGAAACUACGCUUAUUUUUGCAUUGGGAGCCAAAGAACCGAGAAGGAAAAUCGAGCUUAAUUGGCUAGUUACUAAAAUAAUAGGAUGGGGGAAGAGCAGCUGUCAUGUUUCCAUCCAUUUUUAAACACCGGGCAGGAAUCUCUCACUUUCCAUAUCCAUGUAGGUCAGGCAACCCAAAAUAGCUGCCAUGCUGUUCUGUGGGGCUGAGGGGAUUGGGGAGAAGGAGUGGCGCCGCACGCCUGCGUCGGCCCCAGUUCCCUCAUUCUGGACAACAGCCCGUGGUCUUGCUUGGCAGAGUCUCUUUGUCUCCCCACCCCCGGCGGAGCAACGGGAUCUCCAUGGAGGGCACUGAGGGCCUCUGGAAGAGAGACCCAAGGCCGCCGGUGGUGUCGUGUGCUCGGCUAGCGAGUCUGGCAUUCUCUCCAGAUGCUUUCCUCGCCUCUUCCAGAAUUAGCCCCCCACCCCAACAGCUUCCCAAGACCCAGAGUACCGACUCGCCCCCCACCAGAGAGGGGACCCCGAUCUGACACGUGGGUAUCGUGAACAGCGACCCAAACUUGAAAGUGGAGCGCCUGUGGACCCUGCCGGCCCGUGACCUCUGGCGUGGGCGUUAGUGACCUAGCCCUGGCCCGAAGCGAGCGCGCCGACCUGAGUAGUUCAACUUGGCCAAAGAACAGUAAACGCAGGGGUUGGCAGGUGUCAUUUCCUCUCCUUUUUCGUAGCGAUCGUUGAGCAAGGUCUACCGCUUAUUCUUGGGUUUCUGUUGGGUCACUUUUCAGAAGCAUUUCCCAGACCUGAGAAGUAAGUCUGCUGUAGGAUUAAAUAAGAUGCAGAAUGUAUGACUAACCAGAAUCAGUACCGUGAAAAAUAGGUUCCUUGCUUUUAGCCUUUAAAGAGAAUAAAUAAGGACCAGGAUUUGUGCUGGUUGAAGUUUUUAAAGCACUCCUUAACAGCUCCUGAAGCUGUUUUAAUGGGCGAUUAGUGGUAACUUUCAAGCCAUGUCUUGACUUAGAACCAUCUGUUAUAGAUGUUAUAGACAGUUAUGAUGAGGGGCAUGAAGGGAGUAUUUCCAACUAUUUUAGCACCGUACUACAAAUAAUUCAUUUGUGCUUUCAUUUCUGCUUGGUUCCAUUAGUUCAGCGGAAAGGAUUUUUGGAAAAUACAGGUGCCAUUUACUCAGUUGGGAACAUUGUUCCUCUUCUUCAAAUGGUUUGUUCCUACAAGCUCCAUGGGGUUUUUCUACCAUGUUGCUGACGGCACUUAGGUACUUAAGGACAAUGGAUCGCUUUUGACGGUUUCUGGGAAAAUCCGUUUUGGACGGGCCAACAUUGUGGCAGGGCAGCAAAAGUCAACAUUUAGGGGACAGCAGCAAAUCCACAGAAGACCCUGAAAUGUCAUAAAGGGCCCAGAGGAGGGUCUGAGAAGAUUAAAGUAAUGGACGCUCUCUCUUCCUCCAUUGGUAGCUCUGAAGUUUCACAUUCCAGAUCAAUAUCUAAUACACGAAUCUGGUCGAAGGUAGACAAGAGACGAAAAAGCAUUUUUAGAGUUGUUUCUUUUUCUCCCAUCCGUUGAUUUAAAGAUGUAUCUUAGCUCAGUAACGUGAAGAAAUGUAGAAUUUUCUGUUUCUGCCUUUAAGUUUACCGUGUGAAGCAGGGUGAUAAUGUAGGGCAUGCCUUUUUUUUGUAGUAAGCUGUUAUUUCAUGGGUUUUUUUUAGAAAUUGUGGAUAAGUUCAGGAAAACAUUCUGCAUGUCGUAUCUAGUCCAGUGUUCCUUUCCAUCUCGCAUAUUUUUUUAAAAGAGCAGCCUGCAGUAUGUGGAUCCAUAAUCUUUGAAUACAGAAGUAUUUUUUUUUCCUCUUCUGGCUUUGACAUUCUAGGUGUAAUGGUUUAAUUUUGAAUUUACAAAUCCUUUGGGUCUAAUUCUGUGAGCCUACCUAUAGCACUGGAUUCAAAUGUCUGGCAUCAUUUCUUCAGUUACCCAGUUAACUUACAACUGUUGUAAAAGUGUAAACCAGCCCAUGACAGUUUUAUGUACUUGUUAAGCAACUUUUAUUGUUUGGUUUUCAUGAUUAUUGUCUAAGGAAGGCUGAUAUAGGUGUUCUGUACUGUCCUGGACCAUGUUAAUUACACUUACGAUGUAUUUUGGUUCCACAUCACAUUGAUUUGUCCUUAAAGCCCCGUUCUAGGCACAUUUUUUCUGUUGCAGUUUCCCUUUGCAUUGUGUUGUUCUGACAACUGUAAUUUGAAUCAGAUCUGAAAGAGGUCCAGAAUAAAAUAUAUUUUGAUAUUA